AUGAUCCUGACCAAUUUGCAUGAGACCGCUAAGGCCUACCUCGCGUUAGGCCACCCAGGACGCCGGACUCAUUGCCGGCCUACUGCUGCUACCACUGCCUAUGGUGUUGACAAGAAGGUCGAGGGUAAGCGCAACGUCCCGAUCUUCGAUCUUGGCGGCGGCACCUUCGGCGUGUCUCUCCUCACCACUGAGGAGGGUAUCUUCGACGUCAAGCCCGCUACUAGUGACACUCACCUUCGUGGUGAGGAUUUCGACAAUUGUCUCAUCAACCACUUCGUCAACGAGUUCAAGUGGAAGCAGCUCGACAUUUGCUCAAAGCUGCAAGCAGCCUGA